UUACUUUUCUUUGGUUAGCCCAGGCAAUUGAAAAGCGGAUUGCUGUCUUUUCUCAAGUCCCUGCUGAGAAUGGAGAGCUCAUUCAAGUACUGCGGUAUGAAAAAAAUCAAUAUUACAAACCGCAUCAUGAUUACUUUGCUGACACUUUCAACUUGAAGCGUGGAGGGCAACGUAUAGCAACAAUGCUCAUGUAUUUAAGCGAUAAUGUUGAAGGGGGUGAAACAUAUUUUCCUUUGGCUGGAAAUGGUGAAUGCAGUUGUGGAGGAAAGAUGAUGAAGGGGCUGUGUGUUAAGCCUAUUAAAGGAGAUGCAGUUCUCUUUUGGAGCAUGGGUCUAAAUGGGGAGUCUGACCCAAACAGUAUUCAUGGAGGAUGUGCAGUUUUGAAAGGAGAGAAGUGGUCAGCCACGAAAUGGAUGAGGCAGAGAACUAGCUAUUGAUAAUUUUCUCCCGCACAACCUCCAAUUUUUCCAGCACCUCCAUUUUUCUUGCAUGUUACAUGCUAGAUAUAAAACUGGUCAAUAUUACGAUGACAUGUAUAUAUCUCUUUCAUUGCAAGUUUACACUAGAUUUGAGAAGAACCUUUUACAGCGUUUACGAGAAUUUGCAUUUCAGAAAGAUCCUUGGUUACAUGAAGUGGUUAAAAGAAUAUGUGGCGGUUAAUUUUGGAAUCUCCCCAGGGUAACUAGAUAUUGAAGUAGACAUGAAAGGAUGUAGGUAUCACCAACAUUGUAUUGGAAAUUUAUUCUUUUCAAUUCCAAUAGCCCUGCAUCAUGUGAGUGAACCAAUAAUUUUAGACAAAA